ACGGGGAACAUCGCUCGCGUGUCUUUAUCAAGGCCCAGUCCGGUCUUCGGUCCUUUCCACCGACGGGCUUAUUCACAAGAUCCCGCGAACGGUGAGAGAGGAGAGUCGUUCCUAAGCAGAGAGCCGAGCAUGUCCGACUAAAUGACAGUUCCUCGCGAAUAAUACGAAAAUCUAUUCGUACCCUUUUCCUUUUUUCCCCAUCUCUUCCUUUUUCUCCUCUCCUUAUUUACUUAGCCUCAAGGCCGAUCGCGAGUACACAGUCCGCGAGCGUUUCGUAAUUAUCCAGAGAAAUGGACAUGGCUGACCGUUUCUGGAGACUGGCCCUGUGCUGGAUAUGCAUCGUCGGGUUUGCACGCGCCAAUGUGCAAAGCAAAGUGAGAUGUACCAAGCAGAUGAUGGAGGUGGAUAUAGUAAGGAGUAGUCCGCAGGCAAAGAUAUAUCUUCAACAAUUUAAACAUUUUCCAGAUGAGGCUUGUAAGCCGCAAUUUCAUGAUGGCGUUGCCACGUUCAAAUUAUCAUUGCUGGAACAGGACAUGUUGCGAUGCGGUAUUACAAGAGUUGUUAACAAAGUCACGGGUCAGAAGAUGUACUAUCAUCGGGUAAUAGUGGAAGAGCCAGCAGAUUCCAGCAAACACACGUUCACCGUGAAAUGCGUAAUCACCGAAGUUGUCGUGGAGCCAGAAAUCGCCAUCGCGUCCAAUCACACGGCGGUACGACGGAGCGUUCUUCCGGCGGGCUUUCAGGAACCUGAAGUGAUCGAUAUACGUGAAGAAAUUUCGGGAGCGGCACCAGUUCCAAUCCUCGGUGUCGGAGUGAGGCAGGGUGGAGUCUUGGUGACCGGCGAACUCAACGUUAGUCCUGGCACACCGUUGCAAAUGGAAAUAUUUUUGGACAAUGACUCAGCCCCAAUCUACGGUCUGCUUGUGACUUACAUGCUGGUCACCGAUACCAAAAAGCAGGAAGAAACAAUUAUUAUUAACGGGUGUUCUGUCGAUCCAUACUUGUUCGAAAACUUUAAUACCGUAGACGGCGACUUUUUGACGGCAAAAUUCCGUGCUUUCAAAUUUCCGGAAAGUACUUACGUCCAGUUUCGUGGUACUGUUAAUGUCUGCUUAGAUAAAUGUUCAGGGAUCGAAUGCAGCAAUGGUCAAGUUGGUUUUGGUCGAAAAAGGCGAGCUAUUGAGAUGUCACGCACAGACAAGAACAAAUUAUUCGAGGUAACCAUGUCGACAUUCAUCAAGGUCGAUUCCGCAGAUGACGUCAUGAUCGAUCAAGUACUCUCGGAGUUCAUUAGGAAGGGUAAGAACAAAACGCACACGAAGGAGAGGGCAGUAAUUGCCGAAGAAAUCGGGGAGCAGUCUGACCCGACGACAAUUAGGACGCACGAGAGAGCGUUUCUUGCGGAAGAAAUUAAGGAACAGUUUAAAUACAAAGUCACCGAGGUGGUGGUCAAUUGUUCUUCGUGUUGUACGCUAAACUUGAGUCUUCUCUUGAUGUUUUUUUGCUUCUACAAAUUCUUGUAGAGAAAUUGAUGAGUUUCGUGCUUCCUGAAAAAUAAUUGCUAAUUGUAAAUAAGAUGCAGUCUUUGAUAUUAAAAGCGUGAAGGAAAAUAAAAAAAGUACUGCUUUUGAGAACUUGAUAACUAACUUGCUCACUAAUAAUCGAAAUGUCGAUCGUAAUGGCAGUAGAUCAUCAAUUACAUAUAUGCAUAAUGAUGAUCAUAUACACAUCGAUUGUAUACAGUCAAAAUGUGCCUAUAUAGAAGAGCAUUGAAAGAAAUUUGUUUUGUAAUGCUAAUAUUCUCUAGUGUAAUUUCCAUCUUCAAGAAAAAAUUUGUAUCAUUAUACAAUAUAAAAUUAUCGGCAAAUUAUCACGCAAAGCAUUUUUUACGUGUGAUAUAAAAUAUAAAAAUACAUAAGAAUUUAGUUGUUAGACGACCAAUUCGGCAAAAUUAAAUAGUCGAAUUUGAAAUCCGGAAGAAACUUAAAAAGUGAAUACACUUUAUCUUGGCGCUAUUAUAAUAAGCAGUAACAUAUGAUUUCUCCGCUUUGCGACCGCCGAAUUUUCAAUCAUGUAUAACACUUCAGUUUUAUUAUAUUUUUUUAUUACGUAUCUUAAAUAACUGCCGUAUUUCUUGAUGGAAUAACUGCCAAAAGAAAAUUGGCCUUUGCGAGCGGAGAAAGUGGAAUACCUAGUCGUGCGACGAGGUGUAAUAUUAUAAUGCGACUUAAUUAUUUAAUAAGUAAUUAUUAAUUGCGUAUUUCGUAAUCCCAGUCUAAUUAUUACGUAAAUAAAUGUAAAAUAAUUAAAUAAAUCGACAGAUGCGACAAUGA